UGUUCUGUGUCGUACUGUUCUGUUCUAAUGGACUUGGAUUACUGCCAGGAUUAUAAGAAGGACCAUGGCACUGAAGACAAACCUAUUUUCCGUUACUCUGAGUGUGGAGGGCAUGACCUGUGGCUCCUGUGUCCAGUCAAUAGAGCAGCGAAUCGGUGGCUUCCCUGGAGUUGUCCGUAUUAAGGUUUCCCUGGAGCUGAAAAAUGCCACUGUGGUGUUUGACCAAGCUCUUCAGAGCAAAGAAUCCUUGGCUGAAGCUAUUGAAGAUAUGGGGUUUGAAUGCACCUUAACUGAGACUACCACGGCAACACCGGUCCCCUUAGAGACAAAGUUUUUCUCCACAACAGGCGCAAUCACAGAGCAGGCACUAAGCCGACUGUCUCAGCUACAGGGUGUCACAGCGACGCGGGAGAGCAGUGAUAAAAGGGGUCUGUCGAUCACGUACGCUCCGUCUUUGAUCGGCGAGGAGCGGAUUAGUGAGGAACUGAGCUGCCUGAACCCUGAGCUGUCGUCCAGCCCAGUUCACAGUCCCCAGGAGGGAUCCACACGUAACCCCAGCGGGGUGGAGAUGGUGAAAAUGCGGGUUGAUGGCAUGGUCUGUCUGUCCUGCACCACCACCAUUGAGGGAAAGAUUGGUAAACUCAAGGGGAUUGAGAAAAUAAAAGUUUCUCUAGAAUCCCAGGAAGCCACAAUACUGUACUUGCCUUACCUCAUAUCUGUGGAUGAGAUUGUUACCCAGAUCGGUGUGGCGGGUUUCAAGGCCUCUGUCAAAUCGAAGCCUCGUCAGAUACAGCUGUCGGCCGAGGUGGAGCGUUUGUUAAGCGCUCCGAAUCAGACUUCCCCUUCGCCAGUGGACAGCGCCUCAGGACAGACCGAAGACAUCCCAGCUACGGCUUUAUUUAAAGUGACGGGGAUGCACUGUAAUUCUUGUGUCGUUAACAUCCAGGACAAUACGGUCAAACUGCAGGGGGUGAACUCAGUGGAGGUGUCCUUAGAGAAGGGUCAAGCUUCUGUAACGUACACCCCGAAACUUAUCUCUACGGCAGAGCUACAGAGGGCUAUUGAGGCCUUGCCACCCGGAAACUUUAGAGUUCAGCUGGUCAGCCCGGACAGCCAGCCACAGAUGGCUCAUCUUACUCCAGCCCCGUUCACCCCAACCGAACCCACCUUCCUGCAGCCCCUGUCUGCUGUGGUGGACAUCCAUAUUGAGGGUAUGACCUGUGGCUCCUGUGUCCAGUCUAUCGAGGGUGUCAUCUCCCAACGGAAAGGCGUUAGAUCAGCGCAGGUCUCACUCGCCAAUCACAAAGGGACUUUUGAGUACGAUCCUUUGGUCACCUCACCGGAAGAGCUUCGUGAAGCCAUUGAGGAGAUGGGCUUUGAUGCCUUCUUGCCUGAAACGAAUUCCUUGGUGCCACAGGCAGCGCGUAGUCCUUCAUCCGGGCGUAACUCUGUGGCGUCUUCAGUUUUGCCUGCUGCAAAAGACAAACAGCUGGAAGGUGACUUAGAACCAGGCUCUAACGGAGUCAGAGGAGAUUCACAAGCCUCAGAGACACAAUCCAAAUGUUUUAUCCAAAUUGGAGGGAUGACCUGUGUCUCUUGUGUUAACAACAUUGAAAGAAAUCUCAAAAACGAGAAUGGGAUAUACUCCGUGUUGAUUGCGCUAAUGGCUAGUAAAGCAGAAGUUCGUUACAAUCCCAGUGUCAUUGAUCCACUGCGGAUAGCAGAAUGUAUCAGAGAGCUUGGCUUCACCGCCACUGUCAUGGAGAAUCACGAAGGCUCCGAUGGAAACCUGGAGCUUGUGGUCAGGGGAAUGACCUGUGCGUCCUGCGUUCACAAAAUUGAAUCUAACCUGACAAAACAGAAGGGGAUCCUUUAUACCUCUGUUGCCCUGGCAACCAAUAAAGCCCACAUCAAAUAUGACCCAGAGUUGAUUGGCCCUCGAGAUAUAAUCAGACUGAUUGAGAAUAUGGGUUUUGAUGCGGCGCUUGUGAAGAAGGAUCGCACUGGGAGUCACUUGGAUCACAGUCGAGAAAUUGAACAGUGGCGGAAAUCUUUCUACAUCAGUCUGCUGUUCUGCAUACCGGUCAUGGGAAUGAUGAUGUAUAUGAUCAUAGUGGAUCACCAGAUCAACAUGUCCCACCACCACAACGCCACUGCCGAGGACAGAGAACGAUACCACUCCACCAUGUUUCUGGAGAAACAGCUCCUCCCUGGUCUCUCCAUUAUGAACCUCCUGUCCUUCCUCUUCUGUGUCCCUGUACAGUUCAUCGGAGGCCGAUACUUCUACAUUCAGGCGUACAAAGCUCUCAAGCACAGAACAGCCAACAUGGAUGUGCUUAUAGUCCUGGCGACCUCCAUAGCUUUCACCUAUUCUCUGGUGAUUCUGAUAGUUGCCAUGGUGGAGAAGGCAAAGGUUAACCCAAUCACCUUUUUUGAUACACCUCCCAUGCUCUUUGUCUUCAUUGCCCUGGGCAGAUGGCUGGAGCAAAUAGCAAAGAGUAAGACCUCAGAAGCCUUGUCUAAGCUGAUGUCUCUACAGGCCACUGAGGCCACGAUUGUAAUACUGAAUGAUGACAAGUCCAUUCUGAGUGAGGAGCAGGUGGAUGUAGAGCUGGUACAGAGGGGUGACAUCGUGAAAGUGGUGCCAGGAGGCAAGUUCCCGGUGGACGGACGAGUUAUCGAGGGCCACUCUAUGGCAGACGAAUCUCUUAUCACAGGUGAGUCCAUGCCUGUCACUAAGAAGCCAGGCAGCAUGGUUAUCGCCGGCUCCAUCAACCAGAACGGCUCUUUGCUCAUCAGUGCCACCCACGUGGGUAUGGACACCACCCUCUCUCAGAUCGUUAAACUGGUGGAGGAAGCUCAGACAUCAAAGGCUCCUAUCCAGCAGUUUGCAGAUAAGAUCAGUGGUUACUUUGUCCCAUUCAUCGUGGCAGUCUCCGUGCUCACUCUUAUUGGAUGGAUAUUAAUUGGAUUUGUAAACUUUCCGCUGGUUGAGAAAUACUUCCCUGGGUAUGAUAAGAGCAUCUCAAAGGCAGAGGCAGUCAUUCGCUUUGCCUUCCAGGCCUCCAUCACUGUUCUGUGCAUUGCCUGCCCCUGCUCGCUGGGCCUGGCAACCCCAACUGCUGUCAUGGUUGGCACUGGAGUAGGUGCACAGAAUGGCAUCCUCAUCAAAGGGGGAGAGCCUCUGGAGAUGGCACACAAGAUUCAGUCUGUUGUAUUUGACAAAACUGGUACCAUCACAUACGGAGCUCCAAAAGUGGUUCAGGUGAAACUGGUUGUGGAAGGGAACCGUAUUCCUCGCUCUAGACUUCUGGCCAUAAUCGGAACAGCAGAAAACAACAGCGAACACCCACUAGGUGCAGCCAUCACCAAGUACUGUAAACAGGAGUUGGCUACAGAGUCUUUGGGUGCCUGCAGUGAUUUUCAGGCAGUACCUGGUUGUGGAAUUAAGUGUCAGGUCAGUAACUUGGAGAACCUGGUGAGACAUGAGGACAGCGACAGUGAGGAGAACCAGCGCAAUGCCGUCCUGAUCCAAAUCAGCGAUACCAGAACCAGCUCUAAUUCCCACCCUCUCAUAAUGGAUCCACAACCUCUCAGUCUGGUGCAGUCGGCGGCGUAUACGGUACUGAUCGGGAACAGGGAGUGGAUGAGGAGGAACGGGCUAGAGAUCGGAGGGGAUGUGGAUGAGGCCAUGGUGGAGCAUGAACGCAGGGGGCGCACCGCUGUCUUGGUGGCUGUGGAUGGCGUUCUGUGUGCCAUGGUAGCUAUCGCAGAUACAGUGAAACCAGAGGCUGAGCUGGCUGUCCAUACUCUCAAUGCUAUGGGUCUAGAGGUGGUGCUUAUGACGGGAGACAACAGUAAGACUGCUCGGGCCAUUGCCACACAGGUUGGCAUUAGGAAGGUGUUUGCAGAGGUUCUGCCCUCACACAAGGUUGCCAAAGUGGAGCAGCUGCAAAAGGCUGGCAAACGUGUUGCCAUGGUAGGCGACGGGGUGAACGACUCGCCUGCGCUGGCCAUGGCAGACAUCGGCAUCGCCAUCGGCACAGGCACUGAUGUUGCGAUCGAGGCUGCAGACGUGGUUCUAAUCAGGAAUGAUCUUCUGGAUGUUGUUGGGAGCAUUGACCUGUCUAAAAAGACUGUGAAACGCAUCCGUAUAAACUUCGUGUUUGCGCUAAUCUACAAUCUCGUCGGGAUUCCAAUAGCAGCUGGUGUGUUCAUGCCCGUCGGGCUGGUGCUGCAGCCUUGGAUGGGCUCUGCUGCUAUGGCAUUGUCCUCUGUUUCAGUGGUGGUCUCCUCCCUCCUACUCAAAUGUUACACUAAACCCACUGCUGAGAAGCUGGAGUCGAAGCUCGGCGGGCACAGGCGCCAGGGCAGCCUAUCAGACGUCAGCGUCCAGAUUGGAAUGGGAGAACUGCGACGUAGCUCUCCCAAACUGAGCCUGUUAGACCGCAUUGUCAACUAUAGCCGAGCCUCUAUCAACUCACUGCGCUCUGACAAGCAUUCUCUCAACAGCAUGGCACUUACCGAACCGGAUAAACACUCGCUGCUAGUUGGGGACGCUCAAGGUGAAGAAGAAAUGGUGUGACAGCCUAACUCAAGCUAUUCCAUUUGGCUUCCUGCGGCAAACUUUGCGGAUCCUUCACACACCGUAGUGCCUCCUGGGGUGGGUAUCUGUUGUUAGAUUCCGAAUCUUGGGGUUUGUCAUUGCAUUGUUUGUUUUUAUUUAACCAUUAACGGCACUCUUGAGAGGAAGCCGCGCUAAUUAGGUUUUACCUGCUGUGAGAUUGUCCACAUCGGCCAGAUGUAAGAAAGUGGUCCUGCGUCCGUCGUUCUGACAAUCUGUUUGCUCCUGUUGCGAGCAUUUUGAGACGUCACUAAAUGGGAGAGUCUACAUGGAUUUUUGAUGGGUGUACGCCAAUUUUGAAGUGUCUAAACAUUUCCAAAGAACUAAAUGUGUGCCCCAUGUAAAUCUGAAUAUAUUAUUGAACUUUAUUAUUAUUUUUUUUUUAUAAACAGUAAGAAUUCAAGUGUAAUAUUUUGUUUUAAGAUUGUAUUACAAAGUAUAUUUAUGAUAGUAUUUAUACCAUAUCAUACCAUUCUGAGGACAUGAAGGAAUAUGGAAAUACACAUUUUCACAGUUUAUCCAAAUAUGUGUCAAUCUUUGAUUUACAAAACUGAAUACGAAUGAAGUAAUGCAGUACAAGCCUUAACACAAUCCUGACUGAACUCUGAUCUGUAAUCCAUGCCUAUGGGCCAAGGAGAAACAGAGCUCCAUUACCAAAUAUUAAAAUGUGGAUACAGUUUGACACAUUCCAAAGAUGAUAUGCCUCUGUUUUUUUUAAGAGGAACUAAAUCAGAGAGCAUGGAUUCUUUGUCAUCCAGUGAUUGUGCACUAUCUUGGAUUGGCUGGAACAGCAGCUGGUUUCCAAGAAGCUGACAGGCGAAUGGCAGAGUUGGCCAGAUAUAAUGCUGUUAAAUGCUCCCCGACUAUUAACACCCAAGCGAAUACUCCCAACGACAGGGAGUAGAACAACAACAGUUUGAAUACUGACAGAACACGGCAGUAUGAAUACUGACAUAAUAUGAAAAAGUGUGAAUGUUCAGUACAUUUUUGAACUGCUCUGUGGAAUGUUUGUCUUUAUGCCCUGGGAAGCUAGGCGAAAUAUGAUGGGUUUUUUUAUAGGUUUCACUUUGCUGUAGCUGAGUCUGAAUUACUCAUCACACACGCUUGUUACAAUCCUAAUUGUAAUACACAUUCACACAUUGCUCUGGAUAAAUCAAAAAUCUACUCAGAUCAUCUAGUUCUACUAAUAUGAAAGGUUAAAUGCAUUCAACUUGUCCACACACUAAUGUCAUACAUGACUUAAUGUGGAUGACAUUUUUUGCACAACACUUUACACAUCUACCCACCCUAGUAGAUGGAUUUUAUAGCAGUACAUUAUAAGCUUUGCAAGUCCAUCAAGAGUUCAGCUCUGAGAAUCUUAGAUUAUGUUUUUAGGGGAAAAUAUACAUAUUGCUGUGAAAAAGAAUGAGUUCUUAGGGUGAAGUUCUGUUACUGCUAUCCUCAAGACAUACAGUAUUGGCAAAGAUUUGUAAUUUCAGGUCAGUGCUUGAAAUGUAACAAAAUGAAAAUCACUGCAUUUUAUUUUUCAUCUUGGCCGGAGCUUCAUAUUUGUUUUUGCCCAUAUUUAUUGUCUCUUUUUGCCAUGUGUGUUACGAAAAAUGUACCGUGAAUAAAGUUAUUUGCC